GACGACACAACAAACCUUCGACACCGCCAUAUCGACAACCCCGCCGACGAAUCCAGCACCAACGACGACCACGACAACUACGACUACGACGACACGAUAUUCGCCUACCACGAAAGAAUUCCAUACGAUUUGCAAACUGUUCAGAUCGCACGCUUUACAUUGCGCACGUAUCCGAGACAGGGACAGAUACCAAGCUUAUAUGCAUACACCACGCAGCGAAACACGGCAUAUUUUUCAAAUAAAGACUAGCAACAACCACUUCGACAGGCGCUUUGCGACAAGAAUCAGCUAGACACAAUUUUAAAACUUAAAUAACACCACCAAGCGUCCCGGCGCAUGCGAUAAACACAACAGUAACCCAGAUAUAAGAUAAGGCCAACCACCCAUGGAUGAACCACCAUCCUCUCCACCAACGGAGUCAACCGCGCCGGAGGAUGCGCUCGCCUAUUACAAAUCGCAGUAUGAGCAGCUUGAGCAUGAGCUAGCUGAGUUCCAGUCGUCAAGCCAGGAGCUUGAGGCGGAGCUUGAGAAGGAUGUGGAGGCUGCUGAGGAACGGGAGAGGGCUCUGCAGCAGAAGGCCGAGACCUUAGGUUUUGAGGUUGAUGAGUGGAAGAACAAGUACAAGCAAUCAAAGAACGAGGCGGGCGCGGCGCAAAAUACCCUCCAAAAGGAGAUUACGACAUUACGAGACUCAAAUAGGACGUUGGUGAUGAAGCUAAGGGAUAUUGAAGUAGCCAAUGACGACUUUGAGAGGCAAGCUCGAAAUACAACCUCGUCGCUAGAGGAUGUGGAAUCGAAGUAUAAUGUCGCUAUCGAGAGGGCGGUCAUGAUGGAGGAGGAGAUCAAGAUCGGAGAACAGGAAAGAGAAGGCCUCCGGAUUGAAGCGCAGCGCCUCCGCGACGAGCUCGGAGACCUGAAGAUCGAAGCAGAGAUCUUGCAGGACAAGCUCAAGCGACACGAGAGCAGACAGCUACCAAUAUUAUCUACAGACAUUACCGCACCAAACACGCCCUCCUUCGCCGGCGAAAUAUCUCCCGACUCCAUCGCUUCGUCUCCUCUAAUCACCACACCGCCCGAUAGUAAAUCUGUCUCCACAGCCGACACUAUCUCCGAAACACCUACGCCACCUUCUCCACCUAUCUCCGAUCGCUCAUCGAAAGCGCCCAAAGCUUUCCGCACCCCUCUCAACCCUCCAAGCCGCAUCCGAGCACCUUCCGCCGAUCUUAGCGUUACUCCCAAGCCGAUGCGAUACCCGUCCUCUGCGCAACCACUCCGAUCGUCACGCGGCCCGUCCAUCCCUGCAUCCUCUAAACGCCCAACUCCUUCUGUCAGCCUUACUGCUUCUCGGUCCCGCACUACUCAACCUAAAGGCUUACCCAACUCUGCAUCACUCACUCACAUCCGCUCCCUUACAGCCCAGGUGCAGCGCCUCGAGCAACGCGUUCAGUCUGCACGAUCAAAGCUACCAGCACCGGUCAAUACCCCACCACGAGCGAGCCCAAGGACAACGUCAGCAGCUGGUGGUUAUAUGCCGUCCUCAAUCACGAUACGCAGCCGCAAGCGCACUGGCGGCAGCACGAUAAGCGCAACCAGCAGCGUAAAUGGUGGAGAGGAGACCCCAAACCCGACAACCACCAGGCAUGUCUCCCGCAUAAGCACUUCGGGCAUCAGCCGCCUGAGUUUCGGGCCCGUCUCGAAUCGUGGCGGUAGCGAGUUUGAUGGCAGCCGACCGAGCAGCCGGGCCAGCACCACUGGCGCCCCUGGCGGUGGUUUGGCACGCCCAGUAAGCCGUACGGAAUCCAACCGCCCACAGAGCCGCACCGAGCUUGCCCGCCCGCUCAGUCGCACCAGCAUGACUGGCGCGCGUACUCCGCUAGGCCAUUACUCACAGUCUACGCUAGCGGAGUCUCGACGGCCUCGUAGCAGCAUCGGCGGGAAUUUCAGUGCGAGCAUGGGACACGGGCAUAGCCAGAGCGUGUCGCAGAUCGAUCUGGAUGAGUACCGCGAGUUUGAGUUCGGGACACCGAACCGCCGGACUACGCUGGGGAGGGAGGAUGGAAGCGCUAUUCCGGUGCCUGCUAGUGGCCUGCCGAGGAGGCAGAGUGGGGGCUUAGUAGCGAAGACGCCGAGUAAGAGGAUGAGUAAUGGUAUACUCAGGGAUGGAGAGAGGGAGCUGGAGAAGAAGCGGAGCGACGCGAGUCUAGCGGGUGGAGGGAUGAAGCCACCCAUGCGGACGAGGAAAUUGAGUGGGGUUGGGGAGAGCUACUAGGGGGCUUGCGGGAGGCGUUGGGAUUUGCAGUAUGGCAGGGGUGUUGGUGAGGGGAGUGUAUAUAAUUUUCAUGAUUAUCGGUCAUGACUUUGAUGAAGAUAUGACACUAUGGGUUUUUUGGGCGAUGGAAUUGGAGCAGGGCUAUGCGGGGCUAGCAUUCUCUCGGGGGCGCCUUUGAUGGAAAGGCCUAGCUGUUGAUUUUUUAUUCUGAAUUACCAUAUUACCAC